UUAUUGUUACUACAGAAGUGGGGGGACGAAAAUAUACAAAUGAAGUUAAUAUCUUGUACCAGAAAGAGGCCUAUAUGGCAAGAAAUAAGUGAUUUUAUUCGAGCGGCAGGCUACGAAGACCGUGAUGAAGAUGCCUGCAAAACAAGAGUACACACAUUAGUAAGUGCGUAUCGCUCCUACAAAGACGAAUGCGAGAAGACCGGAAACGGGACUCCAAAGAGGAAGCCGGCGUUUUUCGACGAAGUCAAUGAAUUUCUCUUAAAAAAACCAUGUACCAAACCGAAGGUUGUGGUAAAUUCUUCAAAAAUUAUCAUUGAGGCGGACAACGAAGAAGAAGACAAUGAAAAAAUUGAGAACGAUGAACCAAACGAAGAGUUGCCUUCCUUCAACGGCUGCACCAGCGUCGGCAGCAACAACAAAACAGCCGGCAAAUUUCCUCAACCAAACAAGGGUGAAUGUUUGACAGGUGAGCUUUAAAAACUUUCGCUGAUUGGGGGGUCAGACAAUAUGCCAAGAAAAUGUUUCAAUAUCGACGCCUACGUUGUCUGUAAUCUCUAACAAAAUUUCUUGAUAAUUUUACUUCCAAGAUGAGUAGAGUUGAACAAAAAUAUUGAGAUAAGUAUUGGCUCAAACAGCCUUCCACAUGAUUCAUUCAUGAUUUAUUCUCGACUUUAACUUCUGCCUUUAAAGAUUUCUUGUAUUCCUUCACAGAAAGAACAACAGAUGUUGGCAAGCCAUUUUUCAAACCCGCUACGAAGAAGCGGAAGGUGUCAACGACGAAUGCCUCAACACAAAUUGACAAGGCGUUGGAGGCAUUUGUUUCCUAUCAACAAGCUGCUGAUAGGAGUUUUCUUGACGCAGAGGAGGCUCGCGAAAGACAAAGAAGAAGAAAGGGAGGAGAGAAGAAGGAAGGAAGACCAGGAGUUUCCACUGAAAUUGGCGCAGGUACUUCGAAA